AUGGCGAGAGGAGCAAUGGAGCCAUUGAUAGUAGGGAGAGUGGUGGGUGAAGUGGUGGAGAUGUUCAACCCCACCGUGAGAAUGACUGUCACCUACAACUCCAACAAGCAAGUCUCCAACGGCCACGAGCUCAUGCCGGCCGUCGUUGCUUCCCGGCCGCGCGUCGACAUCGGCGGCGACGACUUGCGCACUCCUUACACCCUCAUCAUGACCGACCCCGACUAUCCAAGCCCCAGUGAUCCUUACCUCAAGGAACAUCUUCACUGGAUGGUCACGGACAUUCCGGGCACAACGGAUGCUUCAUUUGGGAAGGAAGUAGUGAGCUACGAGGUGCCGAGGCCGGCGGUGGGAAUCCACCGCUACGUGUUCGUCCUGUACAAGCAAGCCAGAGGGAGGCAGACGGUGAGGCCGCCGACGUCGUCAAGGGACUGCUUCAGCACCAGCAAGUUCGCUCAGGACAACGGCUUGGGGCUCCCCGUUGCCGUCAUUUACUUCAACUGCCAGCGAGAGACUGCGGCAAGAAGAAGAUGA